AUAGGACCACUUCCAAAAGAUCAAAUGGCGGUUUUUAUUGAAGUAAUUUUCUUCGCCUAACAAUUUAGCCUUCAGAUAACACAGACCUGCUAGAUGGAUUUCGGAAUCUAGAUUUGCUCGACUGGUUUGUAACAAUGACAUCUACAAGCCUUACUCCAAUAGCUGCAGAGAGAACAAUUUCCAUCACAGAUUCAGAAAAUGCAUUAACAGCAGAAGACAUUCCAAUUAAACCAGAUGAGGGGGCCAGGAAAUUCUGUGUUGGCAAUUAUGAGAAGGGGGAAUUCAGUAGUGAGAGUGCAAUCAAACUGCCACCGACAAAAGGGUUAGGGAGGAUAGAUAUACAGGAAGCUGCCAAUAACAUCAUUGAAACAACUAACAAGAAACGGAAAAGGGACUCAGACAUGUUAAGAGACUUCAAAAAGACUGCAGAAUAUCAGCUCUGCACAACACUCCUUGAAAUGCAGAACCGAAUCCACAAGGUUUAUGAGAGACAGGGCAAAAUAAUGGAGGAAAAGAUGCAGGAAUUAAUGGCUUGUCUGGAGAGAAUAGAAAAGCUGGAAGAGGAACUGGCAGAAUUUAGGAAUGCACUUCAGCUGCUUUAUCAUGACAUUAAUUAAUGAUUAAAUUAUUGUAAAAUACAGGUGUUUCUAUCAUGACAUUUAAAUGUUAAAUUAUUGUAUUAGAGGAGGGUUUUUCAUGUUAUGUUAUUGAAUAUUAAAAGUAGAUAAAGAGAAAUUAAUUGAA